CAACCGUUGCCUAGUGGAACAGUUAGCCUGGCCAAUGUCGCGCUCCGACCUUGCUAGUGAAGACUUACCUCCUGCGCCUCUCAACCCGGGCGCGCCUCCUGAUUUCCUGGCAAAUCAGGCAAACCCUGGCAUGGAAGUACUGCCACGGCAUGUUUGGGAAGAGCGCCUCGAUGGGCGCUUCGACAACAGUUUUUAGAGCCCAAUCGGGCUCUAAAACGUGUUCAUGGCCGCCACACAGGGCAAGCCAUGCGGGAUAAUGAAACCCAGGUGGAGGCACCUGGGGUUCAUCAUCCGUUGUGUGGGCAUCCUGGCUGUGGAACCAAUGAGUCAUGAGAUUGGAUGCAGAAGCGAAGUCCUCAAAUACCUGGAUGCCCGGGCGCCAUGUUGCCCUCCUGGCGACAUUCUGUUGAUCGAUCUGAUUCGAAUAUUGCGACAUAUCGUCAGUUCCUUGAGACGAGUAUACUAUGGUUGUAUUGAAAGAUCAACACUCACAGUGUGUUUAGUGUCCAGGAACGGAUGGUAG